UGAGAAUGGCUACACUUUACGCAAAUUGUCACACACCGUGAACAGUCAGCAGUAGAGCUCUAUCCUGAAUACAUUUGGUUCUAAUCUGAGGAUUUUUGGAGGUUUAUAAAAGAUGGAUUUAUAUCGAUGAAGCUCCCGGUGUUUCGCACACUGGAUUUCAGGGAUCGGACGGGACCAGCAACACCACCCUGGAAUAUCUGCCUGUAUAUGGAGAUGGAUGUUUUGCAUUGUAAUUAAUGAACCCUCUGUUAUGGAGCAACCUGCAGACUGAACAUAAACAGCUUAUCAUGAAUCACGUCAAGUAUCCGAAAGGGCCGGAAUCUCUUUUGCAUCGGCAGGACUCAUUAGAUUUGAAUGGUCUCUUGACUUCACCUAAAGUUUUGUAUUGUGAGAAAUGCGGAUUUGCCUCUACACAGACUGAAGAUUUUGAGAAUCACAUGCGGGAGCAUGGUACUCCCUUUUACUGCUUUUACUGCAAUCACGUCUCCUACAGUAAGAAGGAGCUGGAGAUUCAUUUGCUACAGCACAAGUUCCCGUUCAGAUGCCAGUUCUGUGGACAUGGGUAUAUGAGGAGGGCGCACCUAUUGAAACAUAUUCAGCGCUGGCACAGUAAAGAUGCUGGCCCAGAGUUAAACCAUGCUCAGACGACCUUACCAGAGACACUUUCUCUCUCGACUGCGUUUGCGCCUGGAGUUCAUAGAACUAGCGUGCCCACUGUAAAGGUUAGAAUACCAGUCCCUGUUGCGAGAAAUGACCACGGCAUCAAAGGCAGACAGCACAGCAAAAGGGUAGACUUGAACGUUAUCCACGCCCCCAAACUGAGCUCAGAGCUAAUGUCCCCAGGGAAAAACUUUGUUCAGCAUAAUAUGGCUCUAACGGUCCCACUUCCAGAAGAAGUCUCCAUCCCUGCCGGCUGCGUGGUGGAGCUGAUUGAGGUGAAGACCGUCAACGGUACAAAGGAAUUGAAGCUGAGACUUGUGUCUCAACAAGAAAAUAAAUCUGUGCUGGACGACACAGUGUUACCACAUUCCGCAUCAGUGAACCCCUUGUCAUCCGCUGUGAACCAUCAACACCUCCUAAAGUUGGGUAAUGCGGAGAAAAGCAGCGUUAACCGUAGAAUAUACACGGCAAAGGACGUUCAUGUAGAACGACCGGCCACCUAUCAGACUAUUGCAGCCCAAACCGCCCUGAACACAUUCCAGAGAGGCAUGUCUGGCACAAAAAGAACACUGAAAGAGUCGCUGAUCCGCAAUGUGGAUAUCCCCUACGCUUUACCGACCAAGGUGCCCAGAAUCACUGUUUAUCCAACAAGGCAGGACGUGGAUGCACCCAUAACACAGACAGUCACACUGAAACCUCGCACAGAAUACCCUACACCGGUCAUCACUGGCAGGGUGGCCAAGGAGAUCAGCAGCGCUGCCAUUCCGGCGAGCAAGGGAACACUGUCGUCCUGUAAACCGACACACCGGGAAAACAACACAGUUGUGGAAUGUACCGCAUUCCCCCCUGAGUUACAGGUGGCUGUGAAAGAGGAGCCCAACGAUCCCGGUAACAAGACAACAGCUACUCCCGAGAUAAAGCAAGAACCACUGAAGCGGAAUGACCAAACAAGACGAAGCACAACGUCUCCUUCCAUUUCCUCGAGCGUUUCCACUACUGCCCUAGCCAGCACAACCACGCAAAUCUUCUCGGAGUGCAAAAGGGAAAAUGUGGCCGUGGAUUCGACUAUACUGAUGACCAUGCUGAAGAGACCUGGAAGCAUUCUGCUUGAUCCUGAGUCCACCAAAAAAACCAAGAUGGAGGAUAAUUUAUCUCCCCAUAAGUCCUCCAUUUGGUCAGCAUCGGGGCCAGGUUGUAAUAGGCGUUUUGAGGCCUUUCCCGUUAUCUCAUCCGUUUUUUCUUUAAGUCAACAGCAGGACGAGGUACAGAGUUCAAUACGACCCUUGGUCAAGGAAUUGCGUGGAAUAGUUAUGAGGAAGGAGAGCCCGUCAGUGCAGGUGUCUGCAGAUCGCACUGAAAUAAGAGGGGCAAUUACUGAACCCAAAGAGGAGGUGGAGUCAACUAUUCACUGUGUGCCAAAGGACAAAAAGGAUAAUGCUGGUACCGGAAAAGGAUUACUAACCGAAGGGUCCUGUGAUGUCACUAGUCCACCUUCAAAACAUUGUUCUCAACAGACUCAAACACAAGCUAAGACAUAUUAUGUCAAGGAAGAAACCUCCAGCACUAAAGGGAAAGACGGUAACCAAAAUAAUCAAAUUCCCACCACCCAACGUGAGCCCUUGACUGCUCAACAGCAAGCCUGCAUCAACAACACACCUAAUAUUUCUCCUGUUGCUGGAGACAGUCAAGGUCACUUGCCACAAUCUGCCUUCAGGAGGGAGGACAGCUCCUCAAAAUUCCUCACCGUCUCUUUAGAAAGGAUGCAGAUGGACUUCUGGACAAAAAAGAUCCCUAAGCUUUCAAAGACGAGGAUUCCCUCUCCCGUGCGGGGGCUGUGCCACAAAGCUUUUCUUUACCCAGCCCCGUUGAGACUGGGCCAGCCGGUCAUACGUCCGGGACCGAACCAACCGGUCGUAGUGCUGAACCACCCCAAACCCAUAGUCCCCAAAAGGACUGAGGUGGACCACCUUUCAGAACCACUCGUCUCCACCGAGGUGCUUCCCAAGUGCCAGAUCCUGAAGAUGCGGUUGAGCAAAGUGAUGGGAGAGAAGUACGAGGUCAUUGGGUGCACUGUAGGGUUUUUUCCCUGAGGUUGUUUUUGCAUAAAGCAAUAUGAAUAACAUACUGAAAGUUGAGCUACAUUCAAAUAAUCCCAAUUGUACAAUAGCAUCCUAGAAAGGAAAGUUGUAUAUUUACAAGUUGAACAUUGUUUCUUUGGGCGUGGGAAUAUGGUAUGUACAUACAUGUGUGUGUAUAUAGUGCAAUGCUGUCUCCCUACCUUUGGUGAUGGAAUGUGGACCAUCUAUUGUGGUAGCUGUUACAGUGACCCAAGUGUGGCUUGCUUUGGAACCACACUAAUAAUAGAUUGUAGUAAUUACUGAUCUACCUGAUUGUAUUUGUAAUUACUAAUUACUGUCCGACUGUCCGUGUAGGCUUUUAGGUUGAAAUGCGGUAUUGAUUCUCUGCCAAUGCAUGUGCGGCAUAAGCUUAGUGCAAUAUGUCUUAAAAUGUACAGUUUGUCUUGCGCUUGGUGUUGCUAGUCUACCCAUCCAUUAUGCUGAGGCAACAUUUACUGUUCACAUUUCAAGAACACGGACAAGCAAACUGCUUGAACUGCUGUUCAUACAAAAUACAAAAACAUUAAAAUACUAGCUCUCUCCCUGACCAAACUAUACUCUUUAUGAGUAUAGUCUACCGAGGAAAAUCAACUCGACAAAAUAUUGUUCGCUGUGAUGAUGCACAACACUCUUUUAUAGAAGAAAAGGUGUAUUUAAUUUUUCCAACUUAAUCUAUUUAUGCUUACAUAUUUUCUUAUCUCUAAUGUAACUAAUGGUAUACCGUGAUGAAAAUAUUUUCUAGUUUGAUUUAGACGUUUAACAUUAUGCAUAUAUAUAUAUUUGAACUGCAGUAUUAUAUCUUGCAUUUUUCUUUUUAACAUUUUUCUCAAUAUAAAGUGCUGCAGUGCAGACAUCAGUCUGAGUUUAACAUAUUUUUAUUGUUUUUCUUUAACAGCAUUUCUUUGUUUGUUCCUUCUCAAUGAUAAAUGGACAGAUCAGAAAAUUGUGUAACUGUUGAACCACUACAACAACACAAGAAAUGUAAAAUACUUUUCAAUUAAUUGUCAAUAUUCAUUUGACAGUCUUUCUUAUCUGUUUUGCCAUCAUCUGCAUUUUAUUAACAAAAUCUUUUUAUUAUUAACUUUUUUAUUAAUAAAACAUACAAUAUUGUGAA